AUGUAUGAUUCUCCUGACUGUUUUAACCGUCGCUUCUUUGCUUCUUAUACCCACCAGUGGUAUGUGGGAACAGAAGUAACGCUGAAGGUCCAUGUAAGUGAUGCCAGCACACAUCAGCCAGUAACUGAAGCCUUCAUUGAGAUUUUUACCAACCAGAUCUCCAUUGCAUCUGGAACUUCAGGAGCAGAUGGCACUGCCUUCCUCAAGUUUCAGUAUAAGUUGGGCAAUCAGCUGAUAGUGACUGCUAGUAAACAUGCAUAUGUGCCAAAUUCUGCACCAUGGAAACCUGUAAGAUUGCCUGUGUUCUCUUCACUGAGUCUCGGCCUUCUUCCUGAACGCUCAGCUACUCUAAUGGUCUAUGAUGAUGUAGUCCAGAUAGUCUCAGGAUUUCAAGGUGCACGGACUCAGCCACAAGUUCACUUCCAGAGAAGAUCUGUGAAAUUACCAGAGAACACUAGCUACAGCGAUUUGACAGCUUAUCUAACUGCAGCCAGUUCACCCUGGGAAGUGGACAGUUUUCCUUAUUUGCAGGGAUUAGAUGGAAAUGGAACAGGUAACCCACUACUUUGA